AAAGAUCGUAAGCCCAAACAAGAAAAAAACUAAAACCCUAUAAAACAAAAAAUAAUUUGAUAUAAGUAGGGCUAACGUGUACACCAAAUUGUUUUAGGGGGUUUAUUCAUUCAUCGUUUCACCUUGUAGCCGCCGCAACACUUCAACCUGCAGCCACCAAAUCCAAUGGCUUCCGAGGCGAAAUUGGCUAACCCUAUGAGGGAUAUCAAGGUUCAGAAGCUUGUCCUCAACAUCUCCGUUGGUGAGAGUGGAGAUCGUCUCACCAGAGCUGCCAAGGUGCUAGAGCAACUCAGUGGACAAACCCCAGUGUUCUCCAAAGCAAGAUACACUGUCCGAUCUUUUGGUAUUAGAAGAAAUGAGAAGAUUGCAUGCUACGUAACUGUUAGAGGUGACAAGGCAAUGCAACUUUUGGAGAGUGGACUGAAGGUGAAAGAGUAUGAACUUUUGAGGAGGAACUUCAGUGACACUGGAUGCUUUGGUUUUGGAAUUCAAGAGCAUAUUGAUCUUGGAAUCAAAUAUGAUCCAUCUACCGGUAUCUAUGGUAUGGACUUUUUUGUUGUCUUGGAGCGUCCUGGUUAUCGUGUUGGUCGUCGCCGUAGGUGCAAAGCCCGUGUCGGAAUCCAACACCGUGUUACCAAGGAUGAUGCCAUGAAAUGGUUCCAAGUGAAGUAUGAGGGAGUGAUCCUUAACAAAUCUCAGCAGAUCUGAGUUAUUAUGUGUUAGGUUAUUGUUUUUUGGCAUCUAUAGUUUGUUGUCUUUGGGAUACUGGCUUAAAUUAUGUUGAAAUUUUUGAUGGAUUGUUAUGAUAUUUUGAAUUUUCUGCUAUUUCAUGAUGAAGCAAUUGAGUAAACUUUUAACCCUGUUUAAAUA